AUGGCACGACUCGCGCGGGGAAUCAGCGCUCUGGCGUCACUGCUUCUGGCUCUGCCGGCCGGGGCAAAAGUUUCAUCCGCUUCCACUACUCUUUUGUUUGAGAACAACGGGAACUGGACGGCUCAUGCGGAGCGGCCCAGCGCGCUACUGGUGCAUCAAACGGCCCAUCGCAGCCAAGCAGCAGACAUCUGUGCUGACUAUGGCGAGCAAUUGUUGGACUGUGAUGACGUGGACGCCUUUCGCCGGGCCUUCCAGUACCAGGAGUACUUGGGGACCUUCCCUAAUGGCACGCUGCUUUGGACUGGCUGCAGUGCGCCUGUCACGCUAUCCGGUGUUUCCGCGAGUGGGAAUUCCUCGUCCGACGAUGGGUGGCCCAUUGUCUGCACAAACUCGGCGCCCCUGGUCGACCGGGUGGACACGGAUUACUCGUCCCUCCCCCGGGUCAAUGCCACGGCAGGCAACAUCACCUUUGAGGGUCUGCGCGACCACCUGACCUUUCGCUUUGCUGGUAUCCCGUUCGCCCAGCCCCCAGUGGGCGCCCGGCGCUUCCAGUAUGCUGAACCCUGGGAUGCAACCAACGGGAAUGAUGAGGACUGCCUCUACCUGAACAUAUACACCCCAUUCCUCCCGGGUCCUGAUGUGCCCGACGAUCAGCUGAAACCCGUGCUCUUCUGGAUCCAUGGCGGGGGCUUCGCUCAAGGCACCGGCUCCGAUCUCACCUUUGAUGGCGGAAGUCUGACAUCGCGGUCGGACGUGGUCAUCGUCACCUCGAACUACCGAUUGAACAUCUUCGGCUAUCUCUCGCUUGAUGACGGAAUCAUCCCCGGAAACUACUGGAUGUCCGACAACAUUGCGGCCCUAGAGUGGGUGCAGCAGUAUAUCCGGGGCUUUGGGGGAAAUCCGAACAACGUCACCAUUUUCGGCCAGUCAGCUGGCGGAGCCAAUUGCAUCGAGCUUGCCGCUUCCCCACAGGCCGCUGGAUUGUUCCAGGGCGUCAUCCAGCAGUCCUCGGGCAACGGUCGUUUUAGUACUCAAGAGGCAAUUGCCGAGCUGGCGGAGCCCUAUCUCACCCCGUACUGCAACGACACUGGGGUGUCUCGGCUGGCCUGUCUACAGGAGCUGCCCGCGUCGGUGUUGUUGAACGCCAGUACGGAUAUCUUCUUUGCGCCCGUCAUUGACCCAGUGUAUUUGCCAGAUGCGCCCAUGGCGCUCAUUGCUCAGGGCAGUUCAUACAUUAACUCGGCUGCCCUGGACUUGCUCAUCCCUGGAGGCUGGAUCGACCAAAAACAGGCGGACCACAUCAUCUCUUCGGGUCUGUGGCUAAUCAGUAAUGAGACCUUCCAGAACGGGUCAGUCUCGUAUCCGAGCGUGUACAACGCCAGCGUCAAGAUCUCGACGGAGAACAAUCAGGAGUGUCCAAACGGUGCCUACGCCAUGGUCGGUGCCUCCACGGUCGCCUUUCCUAGUAUGCACGUUGCUUACCACCAACGAGGUUAUGCGCUAUCCUACUACGAUUUCUACAACUUGUGCACGUUCCCCGUUGGCCAACCGGAUACCCCUUAUUAUCGGUGUCACUCGAGCGACCUAUAUGAGGUGUUUGGAACCUACUACAUCUACGACCAGCCGAUCCGUGUCCCGGAGGAUAUCUACUACACCAACGCGGUACAAGACAUCUGGGGAUCCUUUGCGCGCACCGGUAACCCUAAUGUGCCGGCAGAUUACUUGGCCGCGCGUGGGUACGAGUCGACGAUCGAAUUCUUCGCAGAUUGGCACUGGCCCGAGUUUACGGCCUCGCAGAUGGUACUAGCGGAUCUGCAAUACCCUAAACCAGGUUAUAGGAAUGUGCCGGAUCUGGAACAUUGUCGGUAUCUAGCCAAGACGCAGUAUUAG